AUGGCGUUGAUCGCGCCUGUCAUAACCGUCCUUGAAAUGGCAUCCCUGCGUUUCGGGAUGCCGGCGUUCUUGAAGCAUAUCGAAGUUGACAAUUUCAAAUCUUAUAAAGGAAAGCUUAUUAUCGGCCCGCUAAAGUCAUUUACAGCUGUAGUUGGCCCCAAUGGAUCCGGAAAGUCCAAUUUUAUGGAUGCGAUCAGUUUCGUCAUGGGCGAGAAGACUAGCAGUCUACGAGUCAAAAGAUUCAGCGAGCUGAUUCAUGGUGCAUCCAUUGGUAUGCCAGUAGCACGAAGUGCUUCAGUAACAGCUGUAUUUGAGUUGGAAGAUGGAACUGAAAAAAGCUUUAUGCGUUCAGUACAAGGUUCUUCUUCUGAACACAGAAUUAAUAAUAAUGUUGUUACCAGUCAAGUUUAUCUUAAUGAGUUGGAGCACCUUGGUAUUAAUGUUAAAGCAAAGAAUUUUUUGGUAUUCCAAGGUGCUGUUGAAUCUAUAGCCAUGAAAAAUCCAAAGGAGCGCACUGCUCUGUUUGAGGAGAUCAGUAAUUCUGGUUCAUUAAAAACAGAAUAUGAAAGACUAAAAACAGAAAUGCUAAAAGCUGAAGAAGAAACUCAAUUUUCAUAUCAAAAAAAGAAAGGAAUUGCUGCCGAAAGAAAAGAAGCAAAAUUAGAAAAAGAAGAGGCUGAAAAAUAUCAACGUCUCAAAGAAGAAUAUGUGCGUAUAUGCUUUGAUUUUGCUGUAGUAGUUAAGGGAGCAUAGAAUUUUUUUGGCUUCAUAAAGUAUUUUUCAUGUUUCUUUUUUCUA